UGGAGCCCGAGCGGGCGGCGGCGCGGGCCCCCCCCGGCCCCGGCCCCGGCCCGGCCCCCCCCGCGCCCCCCCCCCGCCGCCGCCGCCGCCCCCCCCGAGCUGAGCCUGCCCGGCAUCCUGCACUUCAUCCAGCACGAGUGGGCGCGCUUCGAGGCCGAGAAGAGCCGCUGGGAGGCGGAGCGCGCCGAGCUCCAGGCCCAGGUGGUGUUUCUGCAGGGUGAGAGGAAGGGCCAAGAGAACCUCAAGACAGACCUGGUGCGGCGGAUCAAGAUGCUGGAGUAUGCCCUGAAGCAGGAGAGGUCCAAGUAUCACAAGCUGAAGUUUGGGACCGAGCCCAGCCAGGGGGAGAAGAGGGCGGAUCCAUCGGAACCAGUGUCCAAUGGCCCGGCCGAGAUGGCCUCGCUUGACAGCAACCCGCUGGUAUGGAAAGAAGGGCGCCAGCUGCUGCGGCAGUACCUGGAGGAGGUGGGCUACACGGACACCAUCCUGGACAUGCGCUCCAAGCGGGUGCGCUCGCUGCUGGGCCGCUGCUCUGUGGAGCUGAAUGGCGCUGCCGAGCCCAGCAAUGGGGGGCCUGGCCCAGGGGGUCUUCCUGGCGGCCAGUCCCUGCUCGCCAAGCAGAUUGAGGAGCAGAUCAAGAGGAAUGCGGGGAAGGAGUCGAGCGAGCGACUGGGCGGCGCCGUGCUGGACCAGAUCCCCUUCCUGCAGCACUGCGAGGAUGAGGACAGUGAUGAGGAGGAGGAUGGGGAGGGCCUCCCCCUCCAGGCCCCACGGCAGCACAAGAAGCAGCGAGUAAAGGUCCCAGCCAAGACCCUGCUGCCUGAGGUGGAGGACGAGGACGAUGACGAGGACUCCGAGGACGCCCUUGGCGAGUUCGAUUUCCUGGGCUCUGGCGAGAACAGCGAGAGCUCGGCCAGUGGGCGGCGCCCCGGGGACACCAUUGACCUGGAGACGCGGCGUGUCAAGCUGCAGGGCAUGCUGGCUGACCUGCGUGACGUGGAUGGGCUGCCUCCCAAGCCGGCCGGCCCGGCAGCCGUGGCCUCACCGCGACCCCAUGAAGCUGGCUCGCUCAGCUUCUCCUCCGAUGUCUUCAUCAUGGACACCAUCGGGGGCGGGGAGGUGAGCCUGGGGGACCUUGCCGACCUCACCGUCACCAACGACAAUGAGCUCAACUGCGAUCUGUCAGACAGCAAGGACGCCUUCAAGAAGACCUGGAACCCCAAGUUCACGCUGCGCAGCCACUACGAUGGGAUCCGGGCACUGGCCUUCCAUCACGCUGAGGCCGCGCUCGUCACCGCCUCCGAGGACGGCACACUCAAGCUGUGGAACCUGCAGAAGACGGUCGCCGCCAAAAAGAACACCGCGCUGGACGUGGAGCCGGUCUACGCCUUCCGGGCGCACAGAGGCCCGGUGCUGUCCGUAGCCAUGGGUUGCAACAGCGAGUUCUGCUACAGCGGCGGCGUGGACGCCUCCAUCCGCUGCUGGCGGGUCCCUGAGCUGGGCAUGGAUCCCUACGAUGGCUACGACCCGGGUGUCCUGGGCGCUGUCCUGGAGGGCCACACGGACACGGUGUGGGGCCUGGCCUUCUGCCCCACGCGGGGCCGCCUGGUGUCCUGCUCGGCCGACGGCACCAUACGCCUCUGGGACCCCAGCGGGAGCCCCUCCUGCCUCAGCACCUACAGUGCGGACAGCGAACAUGGGACCCCGACCUCGGUGGCCUUCUGCAGCACAGAGCCGGCCCACGUGGUGGCCGCCUUCCGCACGGGCGACACGGUGCUGUACGACGCCGAGGCCUCCCGGCCUGUCCUCACGCUGGAGUCCCGCACGGGCAGCGGAUGCAACCAGAUCAACCAGGUGGUGAGCCAUCCGGGCCAGCCCCUCACCAUCACAGCCCACGAUGACCGCAGCAUCCGCUUUCUGGACAACCGCACGGGCAAGGCCGUGCACUCCAUGGUGGCCCACUUGGACGCUGUGACCUGCCUGGCCGCAGACCCCAACGGCAUCUUCCUCAUGUCAGGGAGCCACGACUGCUCGCUGCGCCUCUGGCACCUGGACAACAAGACGUGCGUGCAGGAGAUCACGGCGCACCGCAAGAAGCACGAGGAGGCCAUCCACGCCGUGGCCUUCCACCCCUGCAAGGCCCUGAGCGCCUCGGCCGGUGCUGACGCCCUGGCCAAGGUCUUCGUGUGAGCUGGGCUGCAGGUGGGUCCUGCCCCCCCCAGCAGGGGGUUGGGCCUGGCAGUCAUGUGACUCCCGGCAGACAGUGUGGGGGGGCUGCUCCGAGGCUCCAUAGCACCCCCCCACCCCCCCCCCGGACCCAGACUGGACCCCCAGCUGCACCAGUCCCGGCCCCCCAGAGCCCUGCCCUGCUACCCACCUCCUAGCCAGGGAGCUGUGGGGGCUCUGGCCUGGCUGGCCCCCCAGGCCUGGGUUGGGGGUGCGGGGGCGGCAGAGGCCCCCCUUGAAUUGCAGCAAUAAUUCCUGCCUGGCCCUGGGGGGGGCUGCAAGGGGCUGCACUCAAGGGCCCCCACGUGACACUACUGCCGGCUUUGCACGGGGUGGGGGGGAUGGGGGCCCUGCCCUUGAGCAGCGCGCGCACCAGGACGCCUGGUUCUUUUCCCAGUACUAAGGGGGGGGGCAUCUGCUCAGCUGGGGGCCUGGACACUUGGGUUUUGUCCCAGCUCUGGGAGGGGGGGGUCUCGUGGUCGAAGGGGGGUGGGGGGCAGUGGGGGCCCGGGUUCUGCCCCAGCCCUGGGAGGGGAGCGGGCUGGAAGAGUGGGUGGGAAUCCUUGGCCCCCUGCCCCCAGUCCCCCCCCAGCCGAGAGCACCCCCUGGGUGCCCUUCCCAGCCGGUGCCCCCCAGCCCCCGCCUCUUUGUAUAUUGUGUAUAAAGGAAACCGAGGCCCCGGGCCCACAACCCUGUUAUCACUGUGUGAUAGUCCCGGCCACCGGUGCCUCGGGGGGCUCCUCCCCGCCAGCGCCCCGGGACCCAGCCCCUGGGGAAAGGGGGGCGGGGGGGACACGGAGCUAGGCCCCCCCCGGCCCCUCCGGCCGAGCAGCCGGAGCCUUUUUACCGCCGUUCGGCUUUUUACCGUGUAUUUAUUUGACUCCGUCGGGUUCUUUCUUUCCUCUGUCCCGGUCCCGGCAAACCCCGAGGGGGCCGCGGCCGCCGGGAAGGUCCCACCUCAAUAAACCCCCUUUGGAAUAA